AUGGCUACCAAAAGGUGGUUGAACAGUCUGAAUGUGGAUGUGGAAACAGCACAGCAGCAGAAGAGGAACCAUUUGGAUGUUGCCAAUGAAGUGCUGCCUGAUCAUCAAAACCUAACUGAUGAAAAUGACAUGGAUGUAGUAGAUGGCUCUGCCUGCACCAAGGAAACCUGUGAAGAAACCUUGCACAAGGCUGGGUUUGACAGUGUGAUGCAAUCCCAGCUGACAAGCAUUCAAGCAUAUGCAGACCCCACCCAUGGUGUUUAUUACAUCACGGAAUUGCCUCACUCCCUCAACUUUGGCUAUGACCAAUUGAUAGAUUACAGCAAUUUCCUUGUACACUCUGACAAUGUGCCAAUUUUUGUCUGGGUGCUGGGCUGCAUUGCAGCACAGAAGUUUGUGAAUGAUGAUGGGGCAGAAAUGAAUCCUUUUGGUAGCAUCAUCAUGAACAAGUUCCAGAAGCAAUAUAAUUUGGACAAACCUACCCACAGGCAAGGGAAUUCACUUCCAUAUAUGAUGCCCAUAAUGGCAUGA